AUGCAGUUCAUAUCACUUCUUCUAGCCGCCGCCCUAUCGUUGAGCCACGUGCAAGCCUUGACGGCAAAAGACGUAACCAACAGCAUCUCCAACAUUACUGCCCUUUCGGCCAACACGUUGGACCUGGUCAAGGGGCUUAAUGCUGAGAAUGUGGAUGCAGAUGGAUUAGCAGCAUUCAAGAACUUCCGCCAGAUCGUCACCGCUGCCAAUGAGACCACGGCAAAUAUAUCAGUUUCGGAAAACCCUGUAUUUGCCGAGAAUGACCAAAAGGACAUUUGCGAAACCUUUACUGCCUUUGUCAAGACCCAGCAACAUCUCCUCCAAGCGCUCGUCGGUCAAAAAGGCCUGUUAUCCCCCAUCCCUCUUAGCAUGCCUAUUGCAGCCAUCUUGCGCUUCCUUAAGACGGGCGUCGACAAGCUCUCCUUUCAAGUCAUCCAGCUGGUGCCGACCUGCGCAGACGAGUCUAAGAAGGAAUUGGAGGGGCUUCAUGAGGACUUUAAUGAGACUUUGAAGGCAUACCCUAUUAAACUGCAUCUUCCCGAAGUGGGUGGUACCUCACUUGAAGCCUUUUUUGAAGCUUCCCUUGAAGACCAGUAA